CCCAACGCCUCCCCAACACAAAAAUCGAAUUCCCUAACCAGUGAUCGAAGCUCUACAAUCGGCUUCCCCGAAACAGCCCCACUAGCAAGAAGAAGAAGAGAGAAGAUGCAGAUCUUCGUCAAGACCUUGACCGGCAAGACCAUCACUCUCGAAGUUGAGAGCAGCGACACCAUCGACAACGUCAAGGCUAAGAUUCAGGUCUCCCUUUUUUCCCCACUCCCCCGCCCCCUUAGCUUUUUACUGAUUACGCUUUCUGUUCUUCGUUAUUUCGCCCUUCUCUCAUCUAAUCCUUUCUGGGACAAGGAAGGGAUUCCACCAGAUCAGCAGAGGCUGAUUUUUGCUGGGAAGCAAUUGGAAGAUGGAAGAACCCUUGCAGACUACAACAUCCAGAAGGAGUCAACUCUUCACUUGGUGCUCAGACUUAGGGGAGGAACCAUGAUCAAGGUGAAAACCCUGACAGGGAAAGAGAUCGAGAUCGAUAUCGAACCUACUGAUACCAUCGAUAGGAUCAAGGAAAGGGUUGAAGAGAAGGAAGGAAUCCCCCCAAUUCAGCAGAGGCUCAUCUAUGCUGGGAAGCAGCUUGCAGAUGACAAGACAGCCAAAGACUACAACAUUGAAGGCGGCUCAGUGCUUCAUCUGGUGCUUGCACUCAGGGGCGGUAGCUUUUAGAUUGUUAGUUAGUUCUCAAAGCAACAAGCAGCUCCCAGUUGAGCAGAAAUCGUUUCAAGGAACACAAUGCUGCAUUCAGAACCUCGUGGGAGAUAUAAAUAUGAUUAGUUAUGAGAUUUGAGACCAUUGGUUUGGCUGUGAGAACUAUUCAUGUGAACAAUUUGGCUGCUUCGCUUAUCUGUUUUGACCUAACUUCAAAUGCUAGUCCUACUUCCACAGUGCUCCAAGACCCCAACCAUUGCCUGUUGAGUGUAUGCUGGUAGAAAUUGCAUCACUUUGUGUGGUAACAUUCUCAUCGGCAUGAUUGACAAUACGAC